AUGUCGCAAAAUAUUCCGAUAGAAAAAGAUAAGAAGGUAGCAGCAGCUCCGCGUUUGAGCAGCUCCGCCGAUAGGGAUGCUUCAUCUUUAGAACAAGAACCAUCGAAGGUUUUUGUAGAAGCAAAACCAAAGACUUCUGUAACUCCAUCAUUAGCCUCCAUUUUGAAGCUUCUCGAUUCGUCAACUCCACUUUGUCCUCUGUUACAAACAUGGAUAUGGAAAGAAUGGAUCGAAGGACGAGGUGACAUAUUUAAUGCCCAAGAUGAAGAAAACGAGAGGAAAUUAAAUAAUGCAAUUGCACAGCUUACAGCAGAAUCGAAACUCCCAACAGACUUAUCUAACGAACAAAAAACAAUCCUUACUCACAUUCAAGAAUUUUGGAGUCAAGUACCUGAUCAGCGGUUUGGUCAAUUUCUAUCCAAUUAUGUUGUUGGACACUUUCUCGCUCAACCUCCAAAGACAAUGUUGCAGAAAGAAGAUGCUCAAAUAUUGGCAAUAUUGAAAGAAAUUAAGUCUGCUCAACCUAGCCAUUAA